AUGCCCACACACUGUGUGCCCUGCGGUCUGAGUGGCCUGGCCGCCGGCGCGGGUACUCCGGCCCCAGCGUGGGUGCUCCGGCCUGAAUGUGGGUGCUCCGGCCCCAGUGUGGGUGCUCAGGCCGAGUGUGGGUGCUCCGGCCCGAGUCACCCCCGGGAGGUCGUCGGUGGAGGACGGCCCGACGGAAGCCAGGUGGCCGUGGGCCCAGCCAGCCCUUUCCUGCCCGGCCCCCGCGGCCCGAGCGUGGGCACGCUCAGGGCCCGGGACCUCAGGGGCAGCGCCCGGUCGCCCUCAGUGCUGCCCACCAAGUGGCACGGCCGCUCCCUGUCGGAGCCGGACGAGCGGGCGAGCGGCGGGUCCCCGAGGCACCCCAGCGGCCCCAGGGUCUGGACUCCGGUCACCAAGAGGCGCUGCCACAGCGGCGGGAGCGCCUGGUUGCCUGGCCGCGCCCUCCCGGUCACCAGAGCCGCUUCACCCCUUGCGCCAUGGCCGGCCUCGGCCAGCGGUAGCCUCCCCGCUCCAGGCCUGGGCAGGCCACCCGCGGGCGCCCGCACGCCCUCCCCGCGAUGCCGCCUGUCGCUGGCGCAGGAGCGCCUGGUGCCGGCGGGCGCGGCCCCGCCGUCGGCCGGCAGCGCGCCCACAACCACGCCCGCAUCCACGCCCGAGCCUGUUCCGCCGCUGCUCGCCGCGGUGCGUACGCGCGGGCGGGAAGGGCCGGAGGAAACACGGGCGCGCGGAGGAUGCCCGCGCCCGGCCCUGAACUUCCUGAAGAUGGCCCGGACUCUGAAAACUUCAAAAAGCCUCUGCCCUCUCGGUUAUGAAGACGAGGAUGAGGAGGACACCUGAGUGAGGACGGCCUUGUCCUCCCCGUGGCCCUGCUGUGUGAGGCCCUGGUCUCCGCCCUACCAGCCCCGACCUGGGGUCCUGGUGGGGCUAGGCCACCGGCGAGGGCGAGGGCGGGAGCGGCCGGGACCCUGGUGACUGGGACAGUGCUGGCGAGGAGGGUGUCCUGCCUCUGGGCCCUGGUGAGCUGGACCUGGAGCAGAUGGAGAGUAGCUGAUCGGCGUGCAGGGCCGGUGCGGGCGCCUCACCUCUUCCUCGCCAAGGCCCGGGCUGUUCUGAAUGUGAAGUGUCCCUUGGAUUAAGUCUUUCCUAAAGCAGUGUUUUGGAUUUUUACAUUUCACAGUUCUGAGAAAGCAUCUCUGUUUUGAAAGGAAUUUUUGGAUGCGCGUUCUGUUAACAGGCUCUGUGCGCAGACUGGCGUGGCCGUGUGUCCUGCACGAGAAGCUGUGUUCAGCUUCUCGGGACCCCGCGGCACGGUCCCCGCGAGCCACCUGCCCUGUCUGGAGCGGGGCCGCAUCUCGGGCCGCUGGCUGGGGGCUCAGGGCUGAGGCCUUGGGCUGGUGAGGAUGGUCCGGCCUCUCGUGCCCCUCCCCGGGCAGGUGCGGGGUAGGGUGGGGGCCGCACAGACCUCCGUUUGCUCCUUCUGACUCAAUAAAACCCUGAGAUUUCCACCAAAGAUGUUGAUCCGAGGAACUUUGGAUAAGAGAUGGAGCUUGAGAAAGCAAAAGGAAACGUUUAUGAUCUUUGCAGAAACGUCCUUAAUUUUCUUUCCUGAGAAAUUGUUGUGGGGCCCUGUGGAGAGCAAAGGCACCCUCUGAACUAGUUUGGAUGUAGGCGGAAGGCAGGCAAAGCGGGGAGGUGGGCUCGUCCUGCUGAAACCUCACUCUCAGGCCUCCACCUGCAAGGUGAGGGGCAGGGGCUCCUGCCUCAGUGCUGGGGCCCCUCCUGGGGACGUUGGGCUGCCUGCCAGGCGCUGACCCAUCUCCUGCAGGGACCCUGGCAGCACCUGCCCAGUGGCCGGAAGGAUUUCUUCCCGUUGGCGUCAGAGAGGUCUGUCUUGUGCUACAACCACGGCUGCAGCCUGAGUCCUCAGACACACAGUUUGGCUCCUGGCUUGUCCCCUGGGGGGUGAGGGUGGAUGUCCGUGCCCCAGACGGAUGCAGAACGGGCCGCCUGUCCCAUCGGAGGCUCCCCACCACUGGUGGCCUCUCUGGGGUGUCACCUGGACAGUGGGGUUUUGGAAGCUGCUCAGACUUAGCUGAAAGAGGAGAGGUCAAAAAUAAGCGGCCGGGGGAGCUGCAGAGCACGGGGUGGAGGGAUGGGAUGGAGGCCUCAGAGGACCUCGCGGGGCAGUGGCGGGCUGGUGCGAGGGCCCGCAGCGUGCCGCCUCCUCAGAGGCUGGGUUUGGAGGGUUGGUCUCCUCCCAACAGAUGCCUAAGAUCCAUCUGAGCUCUCGGCCAGUCGAAGUUCAGCGGGCGUUUGCCGAGCCCUGGGUUCAGGGAAUAAAAGGAUAAAAGCGAAGAAAGACGAAACAGGUAAUAAAAUAGGGGCAGAAAGGGAGGACGUUGACAAGGCCGCCGCGAGGAGACUGGGGGUCUUGCCUCUGCUGGACUCAGAGGAUGGCCGGGCGGGAUGACCAGAGAGGGACUGUGGGGGGCGAGAGGUGGGGUGCAGCCCCUGAGGGCCGCAGAGAUGCUGACGCUGGUGAGGGGGCGCGGUGGGCAGGGGAGGGGGCGCGGUGGGCAGGGGAGGGGGCAGGGUGCAGACACAGGAGUCAGACCCGGGGACCCUGCAACCGCUGACUGUCCUGCAGAGACCAUGCCCACCCAGGACGGCUUUGGGCAGACCCCACGGAACACACAGACGGGGUUCCACGUGGAGACACGCCCCUGAGAAUCGAGCCAGGCCAGGGGACCCUGGUGUGGACAGCAUGAGGGGACCCUUGGGGUGGGGGUGGACCUCAGUGGCAGCCGGGGUCAAGUGUCAGGGUGGACAAGGUCGAGGGCAAGCAGGGUCCAGCUCCUGCAGCCUCCACACCAACCCUCCAGAUCACAGCGGGGAGACGGCCCUGGUCCCACUAGCCUGGAGGCCCCAAGCCCCUCCCCACGUCUCCCCGGGGCCUCUGACCUUGGCCCCCCACGCUCAGCAGGGCCCCGUCCCGAGGGUUUCUGCUCUGGGGUUCAGUGGAAGGGGAAAUGAUCCCCCCCACAAUCAUGCACCUCUUUCUGCUUUUCUGCAGGUUUUUUAGCUCAUUUAAAACCUAUUUAAGUUGAUUUUGGUGAUUUAUAUUGUCUUAGCACGUUGUCAGUUUCGUCAGUAGCAUCCCCCUCUCUAACCUGUCACUCUCGAUCCCGGCUCUCUGACCCCGCAGGGCCUGCUGGGCCUCUGUGUUCUCCCGCUCUGUUGAUUAGCCCGUCAGACGUUUGUUUAUUUUAUUUAUUUAUUUUGAGGCACCAGCUCCUGGAUUUACUGAGGAGUUCCCCCAUUUUUCUUGUUUCCAAUUCAUUAAUCCGCCUUUAUCUGUACCCCCCUCCUGCCUCCCUGGAUUUACUUUAUUGUUCUGUUUUCCCUCCUUGUGUCCAAUGUUUAGUUCAUUUAUUUUCAGUCUCUCUUGCUCAGUAAUAAAAAUAUUUAAGGCUGUGAAUUCUCCGCCAACUCCUCCUGAAGCUGGCUCCGCGGACGUGCGGUCUCUCUCUCUGUACAGCUGUAAAAUCGUCUGUCACAGUAACUUUUAUUUGCUCUCUGACCUAGGAGUUAUUUAGGAGAGUAGCUUUGAAUUUCUAAAUCGUCCGGCUUCUUUUAAAGAUCCUUUUAGCAAUUUUUAGAUUCACUGCAUUAGCCUAAAUAAUGAGGCCUAUAAAUGUUUUAUUGCUUGGAAUAUAGCAAGAUACAUGUGCAUGUGUGUUCAUGCAUGUGCAUGCAUGUACCUGUGUGUGCACACACGUACACCAGCACCUAUGUCUGUGUGCACACAUGUACACACACAUAUGCACAUGCACA